GGGGAUGCUGUCUGUGAGGUUCUGUAGAGGCGCUGCGCAAUUGGCUGAGUCAGUUUGAUUGGAGACUCCGCCCAUGUGCUAGUUGACAAGCCUGGCCCCGUGCUGUCAGCCACAGCCAUACGUGUUGCUUUGGGAGUUUACUCCGACAAACGCAACCGAAAACUGGGGAGGACCUGCAGCAUGCAAAGAGACACAGAGCAGCUUUCCAAAAAGGCGUGAGCUGAUCGGACGCUGUGGAUGAGACACCGUCGGCAAAGGUUUCCACUCCACUCCACUCGCAUGUCCAGGAGGAGAGAGGACUUUCACUCAGAGGAACAAAAACAAAGUAUUAGUUUGUUAAAUGUUCUCGUAAAGGGCAGAUAUUUUAAACCAUCCUGUGUGAUCUCCUUGGAUAUCCUUCGACUUUAUAAACCGCGCUACAGAAAGCCACAGAGAUGGAUGUGGCGGCUGAUCAGCCCCGAUGGAUGCAUCACCACGCCGUGCUAAACGGACAGCACCCGGAUUCUCACCACCCAGGCCUGGGGCACAACUACCUGGAGCCCACGGCCCAGCUACUGCCUCCGGAUGAGGUGGAUGUGUUCUUUAAUCACCUGGACUCACAAGGAAACCCGUACUACCACAACUCCGCCAGGGCCAGAGUGUCCUACAGCCAAGCGCACGCUCGUCUGACGGGGACUCAGGUCUGCCGGCCUCAUCUCAUCCACAGCCCAGGGAUUUCAUGGCUGGACGGAGGGAAAACAACCUUGUCGGCUCACCAUCACAACGCCUGGGCCGUCAGCCCCUUCACCAAGCCCAGUCUGCACCACCCCGGCUCCGCGUCCCCCGGCGGCCUCUCUGCCGUCUACCCGUGUAGCAGCAGCUCAAACACGGUCUCCGCAUCCUCGUUAACCCCUCCGUCCCACUCUAGCCCCCAUAUGUACACUUUCCCUCCUACACCACCCAAGGACGUAUCGCCGGACCCGGGGGCCGUGUCUCCCCCGUCCUCCGCCGCCAGAAUGGACGAGAAGGAAUCUAUCAAAUACCAAGUGACGUUACCGGAGGGGAUGAAGAUGGAAGGCUCCAGCCCGCUGAGGAGCAGCCUGGUCUCCAUGAAUGCUCAGACUCCCACCCACCAUCCGAUACCUACGUAUCCCACCUAUUCUCUGCCAGCGGCGCAUGAGUGCGGCGGCAGCCUGUUUCACCCAGGCAGCCUGCUCGGAGCUUCAUCCAGUUUCACCCCCAGGAACAAAGGCAAGACACGGUCCUGCACCGAGGGCCGUGAGUGUGUAAACUGUGGAGCCACCUCGACGCCUCUGUGGAGACGUGACAGCACUGGACACUACUUGUGCAAUGCCUGCGGGCUGUAUCACAAAAUGAACGGCCAGAACAGACCACUCAUCAAACCCAAACGCAGACUGUCUGCUGCCAGACGAGCAGGCACCUGUUGUGCUAACUGUCAGACGACCACCACCACACUCUGGCGGCGCAAUGCAAAUGGAGACCCAGUCUGCAACGCCUGCGGCCUCUACUAUAAACUGCAUAACGUGAACCGACCUCUGACCAUGAAAAAGGAGGGAAUACAAACCCGCAACCGGAAAAUGUCCAAUAAAUCCAAAAAGAACAAGAGGGCCAACGACAGCUAUGAGGAGUUUUCCAAAAGCCUGCACGACAAGAGCUCUCCAUUCAGCGCCGCUUCACUGGCUGGACACAUGUCCAUGGGCCAUUUGCCACCCUUCAGUCACACUGGACACAUGCUCCCUACACCUACCCCGAUACACCCGUCAUUUGGCCACCCGCACCACUCUAACAUGGUGACGGCCAUGGGCUGAGGGGGGCUAGAUUAAAGCUACAUCCAGAACCCGAGAUGGUUUCAUGGACACGCAGACGUUACAGACUUGCAGUGUGCGUGUCUUCAUCUUGAUUGUCCCUUGACCAAUGGUAUUUUGGGGAAAAGUUGUAUCAUUGGAGGAAAGGAUGUUUUUACUCCCUAUUCUGUAGGUACCGGCUUUGAUGGAGGAAGACUCUGCUUUAGCCAGGCGCACACAGUAAACACAAAAAUGUCACUGCAUCUCAUAGUUUCGCUCCAACGGUCCCCACUGACAGCCCGACCAGCUGCAGCGCGGUUCGGUAUGUGCAGCACAGGUUGAUACAACUGUGAAUAUUGUAAAUGUGUGAGACUGAAGGGGACGUCCCAGACAGAGCAGCCUCCUUUGCAAUGUUAAAUGAAUAAUGCUGGAUUUUUUGCUCAUGGACAAUUUUAAAGAAGCUUUCACAAAAGUAACAA